CGCUCAUCGCCGUAUAUAAAACAAGUUGCUGCAAUCACUUCUCAGUCUCUCUCUUUCACCUUAAACCCUAGCAGUUUUAGGGUUUUUCGCAGCCUUCACUUCUUUUUUUACCUCUUUUCUCUUCUCUGUUCGUAGAUCUUUAGUCGUAAUGGCUGGUAAAGAUGUUGCCGUUGCUAAAUCAGGAAAGAAAGGUAGCAAAAGAGAUGCUGAGACUGAAAUCGAGAAGAAGGUGAACCUUAAGAAGCAAAAGGUUGUUGAGAAGGUGGUUCCUAAGAAGAAGAAAGAGGAAUCUAGCAGCAGUGAAGAAGAAUCACCUUCUGAUGAUGAACCUGUGGUUCCUGUUACAAAACAAUUACCAGCUAAGAAAGCAAAAUCUGAAUCUAGCAGCUCUGAAUCAGAUUCUGAGAGUGAUUCUGAUUCUGAGGAAGAAGUUAAACCCAAGGCUGCCUUUCCAACUAAAAAGGCUGCAGCUGCUCCUGUUAAGAACGGAAAUGUGAAGAAGAAAGAGGAAUCAAGUAGUGAUGAUGAUUCUGAUGAUUCAAGCUCCGAGGCUGAACCUCCUGCCAAGGUAGUCCCAGCAAAGAAAGCCUCUGCACCUGCAGCAGCCAAAAAGAAAGAAGAGUCCAGUGAUGAUAGCUCUGAUGAGAGUGAUUCCGAGGAUGAGCCAGUUGCAAAGAAACCUGCUGCUCCUGCAGCAGCAGCAAAGAAGGAAGAAUCCAGUGAUGACAGUUCAGAUGAUUCAUCAGAUGAAGAGGAAGCUAAACCUGCUGCAAAACCUGCUGCCAAAAAGGAAAGUAGCUCUGAUGAUAGCUCUGAUGAAAGUUCUGAUGAAGAACCUGCUAAACCUGCUGCUGUGAAAAAGGCACCUGCUGCUAAAGACAGCAGUUCUGAAUCUGAGGACUCAAGCGAUGAGAGUGAAGAUGAAAAGCCUGCAAAGACCCCUAAGAAAGAGGCCAGCAAAGACUCUGAUGAAGAAAUGGAAGAGGCUGAAGCAACACCAGCUAAAGCACCUAAGACCCCUGCAACUCCUAAGGCUCAAAGCACUGGAGGAGGAUCAAAGACACUUUUUGCUGGGAAUCUCGCAUUUUCUAUUGACAAACCUGAUGUGGUUGAGUUCUUUAAACAAUGUGGGCCAAUUGCUGAUAUCCGUUUCUCCUCAGACGAGGACGGAAGGUUCAAAGGAUUCGGCCAUGUUGAGUUUGAAACAGAAGAAGGUGCACAGAAGGCAGUGAAGUUGAAUGGUAAGGAUUUAUGUGGACGUCCUGUCAAGCUUGAUUUUGCUCGUGAAAGAGGUGACAGGGGUGAUAGGGGUGCUUUUACCCCUCAGAGCGGUGGAUAUCAGAAACCGGAGGGACAGACCAUAUACAUUAGAGGUUUUGAUACAUCUCAUGGAAUUGACCAGAUCCAGAGCUCCCUGGAAGAGCAUUUCGGUACUUGUGGGAAUAUCACAAGGGUGUCUAUUCCUAAAGAUUACGACACUGGUGCUGCCAAGGGGAUUGCCUACAUCGAAUUUUCUGAUGCCCAAGCUUUCAACAAGGCUCUUGAGAUGAAUGGAGCUGAAUUUGGCGAAUCCGCCUUGACAGUUGAAGAAGCCAGACCAAGAGACCGUGAUGGUGCCUCUGGUGGUCGUGGCAGUAGAGGAAGUUUUGGUGGUGGUGGCAGAGGAAGAUUUAGUGGAGGAAGAGGUGGUAGAGACGGAGGUAGAUCUGGUGGAUUUAGUGGAGGAAGGGGUGGACGUGGUGGUGGUAGAGGAGGUUUUGGUGGUGGUGCUAGAGGAGGACGCGGAUCAACUCCCUACUCAGGAAGGAAAACCACCUUUGAUGAUUAAAGCUGAAGGGGGAGAAACAGUGAGGAGUUUUGGAUUUGGGAUGCCUCCUGUUCUCGUUCAUAAAACUAUGACCAUAUAAUCUUAUUAUAUUUUUGCUUUUACUGUUUUAUUUUUGGAUUGGAGUUUCUAUAGGGGGAAUCUGAUGGUUUCUGUAUGUUAGACUUUAGUAGUUUGAACUUAAUUCUCUAAGUAGUAAACAAGUAUGAAUGGGAUUGCAUAAUGUGUGAUUUUCAGCAAGAGUUGUAUUGAUCAAUAUCUAGUAAUCAACACCAUUGUCUCUUCUCAUA